GUUCGGUUGAGCUCGGAGUAGCCGUGGUGGUGGCGGCAGCCGGGGAAGGAGCUGGGGCAGGAGCGGUUCCAGGGUGAUGGGGGCCAGGCUGGGGCUGGGGCUUUGACAGCUGGAGCCGGAGCGAGCCAGCGGGGAGGCAGCCAAGGCCGGGGCGAGCCAGAGCGAGGGGAUCGGGGCUGGGAGACCAAGCGGCACCGAAGAGACCUAGGCAGCGGCGGCAGAGCCAGUGGCGGCUUCGCCUCCUCCUUCCUGCGGACCAUGUUCGCCAAAGGCAAAGGCUCGGCGGUGCCCUCGGACGGGCAGGCUCGAGAAAAGUUAGCUUUAUACGUCUAUGAAUAUUUGCUGCAUGUAGGAGCGCAGAAAUCAGCACAGACCUUUUUAUCAGAGAUCCGAUGGGAAAAAAAUAUCACACUAGGAGAGCCUCCUGGGUUUCUACAUUCAUGGUGGUGUGUAUUUUGGGACCUUUACUGUGCAGCUCCUGAAAGGCGAGAUACUUGUGAACAUUCAAGUGAAGCAAAAGCCUUUCAUGAUUACAGCGCAGCUGCAGCCCCAAGUCCAGUACUAGGAAACAUUCCUCCUAAUGAUGGAAUGCCAGGCGGUCCCAUCCCUCCAGGUUUCUUUCAGGGACCACCUGGUUCUCAGCCCUCGCCACACGCACAGCCUCCACCUCACAAUCCUAACAGCAUGAUGGGACCCCACAGUCAGCCUUUUAUGUCACCGCGAUAUGCAGGAGGUCCCCGGCCCCCCAUCAGAAUGGGAAACCAGCCUCCAGGGGCUGUUCCUGGUACACAGCCACUGCUGCCCAACUCAAUGGACCCUACACGACAACAAGGGCACCCUAACAUGGGAGGACCAAUGCAAAGGAUGAAUCCUCCACGAGGGAUGGGCCCCAUGGGUCCUGGUCCGCAGACUGAUCCUUGGUUAUCAUUGCAGAACUAUGGCGGCGGAAUGAGACCUCCACCCAACUCUUUAGGCCCCGGCAUGCCUGGAAUUAACAUGGGCCCGGGAGCUGGUAGACCAUGGCCUAAUCCUAGCAGUGCUAAUUCAAUUCCAUAUUCUUCUUCAUCGCCUGGUACAUACGUGGGGCCCCCUGGUGGUGGAGGUCCUCCAGGAACACCGAUCAUGCCUAGUCCUGCAGAUUCAACCAAUUCAAGUGACAACAUCUACACAAUGAUUAAUCCAGUACCGCCUGGAGGCAGUCGAUCGAAUUUCCCAAUGGGGCCCGGUUCUGAUGGCCCAAUGGGAGGCAUGGGCGGUAUGGAACCACAUCACAUGAAUGGAUCGUUAGGGUCAGGCGACAUAGAUGGACUUCCAAAAAAUUCUCCAAACAACAUAAGUGGCAUUAGCAACCCCCCGGGCACUCCGAGAGAUGAUGGUGAACUGGGAGGUAACUUCCUCCAUUCCUUCCAAAAUGACAAUUAUUCCCCCAGCAUGACGAUGAGUGUGUGAUUUCCCUCCCCCUUCCUCUUCUCCAGGAUAAAGAGAGUCAGCUGCCAUUUGGAGGAUCUAAAAGAAAUUAUGCAAGAAGAAGCUAGGUGUAUUGGCAGAGAGACGCGAGGGGGCCAAACCCCAGUUUUAGUUUCAUGCAAUAAAAAGGCUGAACUUUUUAUUCCAUAAAACAUGAAGGACAAAACUUAAAAUAUUUCAAGACGUGACAAGAUCCUUCUUGUGCGGAAGGAUUUAUAUAUGUACAUGACACUUUUUUUUUUUUUUUUUUGGGAAACAAAUGGAAGCCUCCAGUACCCAACUCCAACCUCUUUGCUUUGUUCUUUUAAACCUGUUGUAUGUUUGUGCUGUGCUACACCAGGAAGCUAGUCUAGAUAUGAAAUCUCAUGUUGUCUCUGUUGUAGUCCUAUUUUUUUGAAAAUAAACUGGACAGUUUACAAUUGGC